UUCAAAGCGGCUUUCAGUUUUGAAACUAGUGUCACGUUGUGUGGUUGGAGAGGUGUGUGUUAUUGUGCAUUGACGGCUUUUUUUGUCACGGUGUUUAUUUUUCGUUAAACGACAGCAGUGAUGAUUAUCUUUGAAGUUACGAGCACUUAAAUUCACACAAUAGCGACAGUGCAUAUGAAAAGCGUAUUUUACAAAUUUCCGAAAACAAAAAAUUAAUAUAACAGAAAUAAUCGAAAAAAGUCGACACGCAGUGCGAAUAAAAUCAAAAAACACAAAAAUCCAAAAACGAGGAAAUCACUUUGUAGUGUCUCCAACCACGAAGUUAUUUAAUCAUUUACAGAAUCGAACAAACCAGGAACAGACUGUCGUCGUUCUGUCACUCAGCGAAUCGUUCAGUUUUGUGCGUAAAAUUGCAAUUGGAUACUAUUCGUUUUGUCAUGUGAUCUUUUUGCUUAUUUUCUUGGCAUCAUAUUAUUAUAAAUCAGUACGAGUACAGGCUUACAUAAAUGCAUUUAUAUGUACAUAUGCAUACUUAAAUGACGACGACAGCCACAGCGACAUUCGCAUCAUAUUACCAGCUGAGUAGCUCUACAGUCAGCCGCAUGCCAAUGCAAUUAAACACAUCUGAUUGUGGCUAAGGCAGCAAGAAGACAAAUUUUAGAAGAGGCAGCAACUAACAAAGAGUUAUGUCACCAAUAUAUAAAUUUUGACUUGUUGUCUUACAGUCAUCAUUUAGCGUCAGACUUGGGAGCUGUUUUUAAUAUGAUUUUUAAAUUCUUGUUGUGUAAAAGGCAAUCCACUGAAUGAAGAAAUAAGAAGAAAUUGUCGGGAAACCACGAAAUAAGGCGCCAUAAAUUCCAACUGAACAGAAAAAGCAAUUAAAGAAUUCAGAACGUAUGGUAUUAUGGCUCAGCGCAUAAGUUGAAUCACGGAACGGAAACAGAAAAAUUCCACCAGCGUAUAGGAGUGCGACGUAAAUAAUCUUUAUUUUUUCUCUGGUCGUAGGUUGUACGCAUAAAUUAUGAGCAGCAUGAAAAAUGGUUUCUCUACACUCAAUCGUUGGUUGGGCAAGAAGAACAAGACCGAUAAAGCCACACCCAAUGGUAAGCUAUCGAAAUCGAGCACAAAUCUAAGCAGUCUGUCCGUCUCGUCGACGAACAUCAACGAAACUAGUCAGCUGGAAUACAACCGCAUCACGCCCUUGCCGGCAGCCACAAGCAAUGCGCCCUUCGAACAGACCUUCCGCAUUACCGUGCUUUUGCCAAAGGAUCAGCUAUAUGUCGCUCGCCUGGGCGCAAGAGUACCACUCAGCAAACUGUUAGAAUUGGUGUGUGAAAACAAACUUUUGGAUGCAUCCAAAUAUGAAUUUAGAAAUCCAGUUGACCCCAGUCAAGUGUAUAGCUGCGAUUUAACUAUUGGCGCUGUGGGCCUAUCUGAAAUACGUUUGUGUCUCAAGUCCGAAUCGUAUGACAACUUCAACGCAGACGAAAUUAUAAAGCUACAUCGCACUGCGAUCAUACGUGACUCCCUGUCCUCGUCCGAGUUCAGCAGUCGGUACUCAAAACAUACAACGAAGACCACUAGUCCCUAUAGCUCAAGCAAUUCACUCAACUCGAUGGAUUCGACAGGUAUGAACUGUGUUCGGACUCCGGUCACUCCGCCUGCGACCCUUUCCGCAUCAACGCCUUCAAACAAACUUACUGCUCCUCCACGAAAGAAACGUGCGGCGCCACGACCACCGAGCCAGACCGCCAUACCAGAGAAGACGGUGCUCGUGACUAAUGGCGAAGCACAAACAAAAAUGGCGCAAUCAAAUAACAUUGAAAAUUUCGAAUUCUCAGAUGAUUCACUGCCACGAAAUAAUCGCUUCGCCUCAACGCCGAACCUGUCAAUGCAAACCAAUACUAAUAGCAUUGAUUCCAAUGGAAACAUUAACAACCACUCCAUUGAAAGUGAAGUAGAGUCAAGCCUGAAUGGUUACGCGCAAUCCGAUGUAGAACAGGAGCAAUCACAAGUACAACAAAAAAACGCACGUAACAAGUGUAGUGGCAGCGUACAGAAUUUGUCUGGCUCAGGAGCCUUGCAACAGUCUAUCGAUUUCCCUGAGCCAUCACCUCGUAAGCGCAUGAUACAAAUAAAGAAAAAAGUAACUGCACCCGCACCACCACCCAGAGGUAGCAUAUAUGCAGAUUCAGAUACGGUUUCUAUAAAAUCAAUGACUCCCUCUACGCCAGACACGCCAGUAACUCCGUUAACACCGAACUUGGCAGAAACGGUCCUCGAAUCGCAGACGACACUCAAAACUUCCCCCGACAGCAGUAACGAUGAACGCGAUUCGAAACCAAUCAGCACGCCAAUGGACUCAUCCACGCCAGUACUUGAAAAUACUUCUUCGCAGUCGGUGCAAACGUCUGUGGAAGCAUUAGCUGUCGUGCCUAAGCCCCUACCAAGGGUAACAACAAAUACUUCUGUAAAUUGCAUCACCACUGUUAGUAAAGACCCUGGAUCUCCCCUUACAACAACGAAUAUUUCCAAAAUCCUGCUAAAUCGUACGCCAACGCCUGAGCCACGAUCUAUUUCUGCUGAAUCAUCGGACUCUUAUAGCUAUCUGAGCGCGCAAAUCACAGCACCUGACACCACAUUCGGUUUAGAGCAAGACGAUGACGAACCACCAAAGCAAGCAGACUGCACUAGCUAUCUAGGUACACAUAUAGCGACACUGAAAAAUGAAUCUGCUUUAGAGCACGAUGAUGAAGUUUUGUCCAAGCAGGCCGAUUCAGGUAUUGGCGAGCCGGUACCAUCUCCGAUACCAGACAGCCUGCCAUCAGAGGGCUCGGCCCAUGAAGGUAAAUCAGUAUUUGAGUCGAGCUCAGAUGAUGACGAUAUUGUUAAAAUAUAUAAUUUUAAACUCGGAAAAACAGUAGUCAAAUCGCCACCCGAACCGCGAACUUUAGAAGAUUUCGUUGUUUUAUCCGCCGAGGCUCAAACCGACAGUGAGGAUAAUACACCAGCACCAAGAACGCAAGAAGCAACUCCAAAUUUUUCUGAUAGCGCAUCUUGGAACUUUGCAAUUCCAAUAUCCCCUCCUCCCAAUUUCGCUGAUGGACGGUUUACGAAAGGUUUUGAGAGUGAGAAACCAUCAGAUAUGCCCAUCACUCCCAAAAUCAAACAACGGCCCGUACUAGACUUUCAAUCAAUUUCAAACACAGAAAAUUAUUAUAUCAAAGUUGCUAACAACAAAAAUCACGAGGCCGCAGAAUUGAGGGGAAAACAGACCAAUAUUGAAAAAACAGCAGUUUUACCAAGUCCAACCACACCUUUGAAUGAGAUCGUAGACGAGCUCUCAGCAAUAAUUAAUGAGAAUCGAUUGGAUUCGCUGAUCAAAAAGACAGAAGAUCAACCAAAGAUUGAGGCAGCCAAACCAAACACAUUAUCGAACUUUAGUAUAACAACAAUCACACAACAGGCUCAAGACAAACAACCAGAGAUAGCAAAACCUACUGAAGUUAAAACCGAAGUAGAAACCUGCGAUACAGUAACAAAAAUUGCAAACGAUGAGCAGAGUUCUAACUCAAUCGUGCUAUUAUUGCAUCAAACGCAUCUGGCCACAGAUAUUACGAACACGGAUAAGUUAUUGUCAGAGUCAAAAAUUGAACAAAAUGGCUUCAGUCCCAGCCGGAGACGUUCAUCUGGCGAAUUAAGCAUUGGCGAAUCGACUUCUCUUCAAAGUCCUGAGGUUAUCAAAACAAUUCUAAACUCCCGCAAAAAUAGUUUCGCCAGCAAUAGUGAUGGCGAAUCCAAAGCAGCAGCAGGAGAAACUGAAAAAUUCGUCGAAAAAAAAAUGGACGAUAGGACUAAUAUUGCUCCAAUAGCGGAGAUACCAAAGAACUUUGGCGUUAAAGAGAAUACCGAAGAAAAGAAACUCACAUCUCCCGAACGUGGUGUCACACACAUUUCAGAACGCACAAAACCAAAGGAGUUGCCCAAAAUAUACCGAUACUCUGGACCGCCAAGUAUUAAUUUCUCUACCUGGAAUGAGCGUCCUAAGGUACAAGUGUCCAUCAAAAACGAAGGCGACUACAUUUUUGGCGGCAAGAAUGCGGACUGUCAAAGCGCUGCUGUUACAACGGCUGCCAUCGAGAUUAACACAAAUUCACAGAUGCGCAACAGUCGCGUUUCAAUGCCAGCGAGUGUCUUCUGGGCCGAACGUGAGAAUGCACCGCCGCCCGUAUCACCUAAGCCUACAACAAUUACGGAACGAAUGGGAAUACCCGAGAAAGAUUAUCGCGUGCCAAUAACAGUUAAGCCGCUGCGCGAUGUAACUGUUGAGAAUGUGGACCAACAUAGCCAAACAAAAUUCCGUGCGCCGCAAGAGGAGGCAACAAAAACAGCGCAUCGAAAAUCGACCAGCAUCACAACAGUUUUACUCAACGGAGAUUCAGAAUCGGAAACAAACAAAAACGAAGCAAUUACCAAACGAACCUUCGCUACUACAACGCACACAUCGACGUUGCCGCGCAGCAACGCGAACCGGUUCAGCAUGCCGGCAGCAAACAUAGUGGGUCCAGCGUUGCUUCGAUCAUCCUCUAUUACCCAGUUGGAGGCUAACAAACCGAAACCCAAUCAGACCGAAAUACCCGCAGCACCUUUUGGCCAAAACACACUGCGCAAGACUGGGUUGAAGGAAAUAAUACUCGCCAAAGAGGCGGAGGCACACCAGAAGGCUGAGAUUGAGACCAGUGCUCCUACACCAAUUUCAAAGCACCAACAGUCAAACAAUAAAUAUUCAAAUACGAUUUCAAACGGUUUCGUAAGCAUAACAAAACCAGCACCAACAACAGUAAAAACAAGCGUCAAUCAGAAACCGAAACCCAUACAAAGUGCCAAAUUGGAGCUGAAGCUCCAGAACUCGACUAGCGUCUAUUUGAAUCAAUCGAGCACGAAUUUAGCAACGACCAUUACAACGACGUCUAAUACUAAGUCAGCCGAAGCACUAGCGGCCGUCGCACCACCACCACCACCAGCGCCGGCCAAAGAUGUGAUGCUGCGCACACCAAACAACCGCACAACAACAACACCCAGCAGCCCAGAUCCAAGGGAUCAACUAUUUGUAGCGAUACGCAACUUUAAACGUGAAGAUCUAAAUCGUGUCUGAGGGGAAAGACGCGAUCGCGCGCUGGGGGAUGCGAGUAAUAGUGAACGAAAGUAACGUAGAUUGAGCGGAAAUAGUCACAAAAAUCUGGACUGAAAUGUUGUAAAUUAUUGUUGUAAAUGUCUUUUUAUAAAUACGUAUAUUAAAAAGGAUUAGAGAGAAAAGUUUUUAAGCCGAAGUCAACGUAAUUUUAUUAGUUUAAUUUAAAUCGUAAGGAACGCGAGAAGUCAUCUGCGCAAAAGCAUAGCCGCGACUUCAGUAGCGGCUAUCGCCCACCCAAAAAAUUAUGUGGGGUGAUAAGUACGAUUGUGGUGUAAAUGAUGAAUAAAAUUAUACAAUAACAAAUACUUAUAUAAAUAAACACUAAAUAUUUGAAGGAUUAGCAUAAUCAAAUACUGUAUAUUCUCAAAGUUAUUAGUUUCUAAGCACCAAAAAUUAACCAAAUGUUUUUUUCGCAACCUGUUAGUUGUUGAAUUCCCAUUUAGGGGUUCUUGGCUCAACAUUCAGGAUUAAGGCGUACCCCAAUUAAAAUACCUAAUAAAUACUUCCAUGUGGACUCAAAUGCGGUCCAAUAUCUGGUGUAAAUUAUAUCAAUAUUCAAAUUAAUCUAUAAAGAUGCGCUAUUUUGUUUAUAAAAUGUUUUAAUACGUUUUAUUUAUAUCUUUGUAUACUUCGUUUUAUCCAAAUGUAUAAAGAAACACUAAAACGAUAAUAAUAAACCCCAAUAAAUACUUAAA